CGUGAGUUUGUAUUCUUAGAAGGCCAUGAGAGGAGAGGAAAAGGGGGAUCACGCAGUAGUCGAGCUAACUAGUAUAUUCUCUCAGUCAACUUCUCGUAUGAUAUCCGCGUAAGCCGCGAGGAUAAAUUCUUCAUCGUCCCCGCCACAGCCUGUGUUCCUCAGACCUCCAUUAUUGAGUACUCGACAACCACACUCGACUGGCUUAACCUUAAUUAAUUUCCGAUAUGGCGUCAAAUCUCUUCUUUGUCUAUAUUCUCUGCAUUCUCCUUGCAGGUUUCUCCUCUUUCGUGAGAGCCCAGUUUCUUCUCAAGUAUCCUUCGUCGAUUGCCGACAGCAAUGUUGAAAAACACAUCGAUUUGACGAGUUGUAUGUAUGUCAUCACCCAAGCAUUUGCUGGCUGGCAAACCCGAUAUGUCACUGUACCUGCAAACAAUCACAUUCGUUGGGGACAAAAGAAGUGCGUUUUGCAGAUCAACAACAACAACCCGCAUGCCUUCGUCGUGAAGGGCGGUGACCUCGCUCGAGGCCUCGUCCAAUUGACGGUCGUCGCCGGAAGCAGCAGUCCUUUUGGGUCCAGCGCGAUGUGGCUAGGCGCCUUCCCUGCAAGCCCAGUUUUGACGAUCGCUCAUUCUAAUCGAUUCGGCGGGGAUGUCGGCAACCCCGUGACGCGGCGGGAUGCAGUUCCUUUUCCGGAGCUGGAUCCCAGUACGACGCAUGCGAAUCCGGCGACAAAUGACUUUGCCGCAUAUUUAGCCGGCAUUGAUUUCGAGGACCUGCGGAAUAACUCCACCGCCAGUGCUGCCAGCGACCCUACGGGGGGCGAAGAGAACGCUUCUGCCGUUCGUCGAAGACGCUCGGAUGAGCCACACCAGCUGGUCAAGCGCGCUUACAGAACGGCGCACUGUGCCGGAGAGAAGGAUGUGCUCAACGACAAGAUCAAGCAAUGCGACUGCAAGGACGGGACUCGAGAUAUUGGCAGGUUUGAAGUAACGUGCCACGGUGAGAGGUCAAUGCAUCACGGAUGGACACUGGACAAGAUGCGAAACACUGUGGGCUCGCUUAGGGGCAGGAUUGAGCAUCUGUUGACAACCCGUUGGGACAGACGACUUUUCUCAGUCUACGGCCAGAAACACCCCGGCGGUGUUUUGCUAACGCCAACUGCGACAAGAUCCCGUCCUGAUCAUAAUGAUGCAAGGUGCUGCGAGCUGCUACUUAAUCAGGUUGCCGGUGAGAUGGGCUUUGCCCCAGCGUCAUGCACUUGCGAGCCAGUAACCGUUAACAAGGCAUGGCAUAUGAUGGUUACCGAUACACUUAAUUAUCCGAUCGCUGGGUAGGGUUAGAUAUUGAUGCCGACUGCCUCUGUCAUAUAGGCGAGAUGCCAGGCAUAGGUUUAAAAGCGGCAGUAGAUGUAUAUAUGUAUAUUUUUCGUCCAGGGGGCCUUCGGCCCCGAAAUGUCCCUACUAGGGUACGGGAUAUGCUAAGCUACGGG